UAAUAUGAAACAUCUUGAUUAUAAUAGAAUAAAAAAAAAAAUACAGUAUAGUCUGUAGAUUUUCGUUUUAAUUUUGAAUUCAUUUUGGGUUCCCGACUCCCUAGAGAAUAUAAUAUCUUCCAUACAUCGUGGACCUAGCCUUCCUACUUCCUAGUAUUACCAUUUAUACUAUUUGGAUCAGCUGGUGAUAAUUUGAUAGUAAAUUUACAUAGUUUCAUAAUAAUUUUAUUAUCAUCAUUCGUCCAGAUUUCUGUUCUUAGUUCUUACCAAUUUGUGUUAUUACUCUUAUAAAUAACAGCUGAGUUUUGAGCAUACAGAUUACACCAUAGACUAGUAUACUAUUUUUAACUAUUUAGUAUUUCCUAGAACUACUCGGUACUUACAUUUAUGUAUCCAAUUGUGCCCAUCGUUUGUUAUUUAUUAAGUGAAUUCAGAAUAUAAGAACUUAAUAAAUAAAAUUAACAUUCAUGAUGGCGUUGGCCACUACGACAGAAGUAAGUACUGCGGUAGAAAUAUUAUGUCAAAUUUUUAGUGGUGUUCAAAUUGAACGUGAAGGCUUUUUAACAUCUGGGUUCAUAGUCGGUUCAUGUACUGUAGUAGGAGGUAUUUUUGCAGGUCGUUUAGGGAUGUUGGUUGGUGGAGGUAUUGGAACGGGCUUGUCUACUUUGAUUGUUAACAGAGCUGUUACUCUCACUGAGCUGAUCCGCAAGUUAAGUCAAACCCAAAUGGGUAUUUUAAUUCAAAUGAUUACAGAAGAAAUUUUAAAUGUUGCAAUUAAUAUUUUGGGUCGAGCAUUAAAUCGAGGUUCAUCUAUUGUAAGACUUUUAGAAACAAUUAGAAGUAACUCAUUGCUAAUAACCUGUAUAAGAGAAGUUAUAUUGCAGUUUUUGGGUGUAACACAUCAAGUUCGAUUUAAUCCUAUUGCAGCUUAAAAUAGUACUAAAAUAAAAAUAUUUUUUUAAAUAUUUUAACUUAUUCAAAAAUAAAAUAAGUAUUAAUACAAACUUGUAUUUUUUAUAUUUGACAUAACAUUUUUAUUUUUCACAAUUUAACAUUAAAUAGAAAAUAUUAUAUUUUUUACUUGUAUGUGAUAUACAUUUUAUUUUUUGUUCAUUUUCACAUG